UGGCGUCAGGGGCCGGGAAGUUUGAAUCCAUCCGAGCGGCAGCGACAGGUGGGUGGAGCCUCGCCAUGCCCCGCUCCAAGCCCGCCGCGCCCCGGCGCCGCCGCGUCCCCGAGACCCCGCCUCCGGCCCCGCCUCCGGCCCCGCCCCCGGCCCGCCGGCCCCGUCGGUUUCGCCCCGGCCAGCGGGCGCUGCAGGAGAUCCGCAGGUACCAGAGCAGCACCCACCUGCUCCUGCGCCCCGGGCCCUUCGCCCGCCUGGUGCGGGAGAUCUGCCUCAUGUUUACCCGGGGGGUGGAUUAUCGGUGGCAGCGGAUGGCGCUGGUGGCCCUGCAGGAGGCAGCGGAGGCGUUCACGGUGCGGCUGCUGGAGGACGCCUCGCUCUGCUCACUGCAUGCCCGGCGCGUCACCCUCUACCCCAAGGACCUGCAGCUGGCCCGGCGCCUGCGCGGCUUCGAGGGGGGCCUGGCCUGAGGGGCGCCCCCCAAAAAAAAGAUAAACCUCUUGGGGGGGUCACCUCCCCCACUCAGUCACCGAAACCCCCCCUUGAACAACACCCCCCCCCCCAAUCCCUUCCCCUGGGGCACAUGCCCGCUACAGAAACACCCUGCAGAGUGUG